GUCUAAUAUUUAUUAUUAAUUCGAAUGCACAGAAGACCUAAAUUAACCUAACUUGUCACGGUCAUGAUAAAUAUUAAACAGUUCAUUGUUAGUGGAAACACUUAUAAGCCCUGUUAUCUCUCUAAUUACACCUUUGUUAAAAUGCGUUGUAGUAUUUAACCACACUUGUUCGCAAUCGUAUCAAUGCUUCUGUAAAUAAAGGUUAAAGACAUGUGUAGUUCCUCAAGACGUUACCAGGACAUCUUGGCCCCCAGAAAACAGGAAUGUAGCAAUUUCAUGUGGGCUUCGAGGCAACUCAACCCCCAGAUUGCAUUCAAACAAGACCAAAAGCCGUCGCCUCAAUACCACAAAGAUGAAGUUGUUAAAAGCCCCAAAAUUCAGGAAUUGCUGAUCACAUUGAGUGAGAAAGAAGGAGUUGCCAAAGAAGUAUUAGAAGCUCAGGUCAGGAGUAUUUUAGAUGAAAUUGGUUACAACAAAAAAUUGAAAGUUAUAAGAUGCCUGGCUAUAGUUCUUACAAAAAUUUGCAAGAGAAUUUGUUCAGGGAUUUACCUAAAUGAGGACGCAGUAGUACAACUGAAAACUCAAAUGGGAACUUGUCCUGUGAUUUUUGUACCUAGUCAUAGAAGUUAUGCGGAUUUCAUUCUCAUGUCCUUCGUGUGUUUCACUGAAGAUGUCGCAAUACCGGCCAUAGCGGCAGGAAUGGAUUUUCAUGGCAUGUGGGGGAUGGGAACAAUGUUGAGAGACACCGGGGCUUUCUUCAUGCGACGUUCAUACAAUGACGACAAUUUAUAUUGGACCACUUUCAAGCAAUAUGUUUACCAACUCGUCACGAAGGGCGACUUGCCACUGGAAUUUUUCAUUGAAGGGACCAGAAGUCGGACAAACAAGUCGCUCAUGCCCAAAUACGGCUUGAUUUUGAUGAUUCUGAGGGCUUUUUUCCUGUCUCAAGUCCCCGACGUCCUUUUUGUCCCAAUCAACAUCAGCUACGACCGAAUUUUGGAGGAAAAAUUAUUCGCUUUUGAGUUACUCGGUAUCCCCAAGCCGAAAGAGUCAACUUCGGGGUUUUUCAAAUCAUUGAGUAUCGUUAAAGAAAAAUUCGGUUCGAUUUAUUUCGAUUUCGCUGAACCGAUCUCAGCGAAAAAAUUCUUUGGGCCGAAUUUGGACCGCACUUUGCAUAAUUUGCAACCAAUUCACAUGCAAGAAAUCACCGACUAUGAAAAGAAAUUAAUUCCGUCGCUGGCGCAUGAGAUUGUUUAUAAACAACAAAAGCAUUGUGUUAUAACAACGUUUAAUUUAUUGGCUAUUGUUUUGCACAAUAAUUUAACCAGUGGACGAAGUCUUUUGAGUGUUGAUGAGAUUAUUGACGAGAUUUUGUGGCUCAGGACAAUUAUUCAAAGUUUGGGGGCUUACGUCUUCAUGGAAGACCCCCGGAAAUGCGUGGCGGAGGCUUUGGAAGUCCACGACAAUUUCGUGAGGGUCAAUGAAGAGGGAAAAGUCACUCUGGUCUGGGAUGAAAUAGUCGUGGGCAAAGUUAAUGUCUCCAAAUUGAAAGCUCACGAACUUUCCGAAAAGACAAUCACGUUCUCGGUUCCAUUCAUUCUGUUACAAAUUUAUAUCAACCCGACUUUGCAUUAUUUUGUGGACGUGGCUAUCCUGGUCAUGAUUGUAAAACAACAAAAAGUCUCCAGUCAAGAUGAACUUUUCGGGCAUUACCAUUUCUUGCGGUCUCUGUUGUCCCAGGAAUUCAUUACUUUUAAUACCAGGGAAAAAAUGGAGUUCACUUCAGCGUUAGAGCAUGCACUCAAUUUAAAUUUAUUGCGGAAAAAUCAAGAAUUUUAUGAUCUCGGUGAAAAUAAACACUUGGAGGAAGUUAUUUACAACUGUAUUGACUGUUUUAUUUUCACUUAUUUCGUGGUGUGUUCGGUUAUUUUGGAGUUGGGACGUGUUAUUGGAGAGAAAACAAUUUUGGCCAAAGUUCAAGAAGAAGUUGAAACGAAGAUGAAUGAAGGUAAAGGAUUCAUCCAUCCUUAUUCUCUAAGUUUGGACACAAUUACCAAUUGUCUGAAUGCCCUUGCGGGUCAAAAUGUUGUGACAAAAAGUAGAAAAAACGGCAGUAUUACUUAUGAAAUCAAUAAUGCCAAAGUAUUAUUAAUUAAAAAUCGAUUAGGUGAGUUUGUGCCUCCAGCACAGGUGCUUCAGGAGAAAUUUGAAAGUGUUCAGCUUCACUUAAAAAACAAGCUUUAAAAAUGACUGUUUAUACACUACUCUGUAGUUAAAACCAAGCCAAAGGUGGUGAAAUUAAGUAUUUUGGUGUGAUUUUUGUAAUAAAUUGUUUUGAAUAAU